AGAGUUUACGGCCUUUGAGCAGCGGCUGAAAGCGACUGGGAGCGAGCGCCCGCCCCGCCGGCUCGUGGGAAUCCAAAGCAAUCCCGGUGGGACGGGGCAGAAAGCCGAGCUCCGCCGGCACUGCUCUCCCCAUGUGCAUUAAUAGCCUCCUCCCUGCGCAGCUGACACAGCCCGGCAGCUGCCGGUGGCCAUCCCGCUCUCCCUGCUGACACUUCCCAGCGCUCGGAUGAGCCGGGGUUUGGGGAGCGCUCGUGAAUCAGCCGCUGGGAGCACCGCUGUGGAGCGGGAUGGAUGAGAGCAAACCCCUGAAGGUCCGGCUGACGUUCCUCGUGAUCCUGGUGGGCAUCUCGCUGCUGUUUGCAGCCGUAGUGACGGACCACUGGGCUGUGCUGAGCCCCAAAGUGGAGAACUUCAACACCACCUGCGAAGCGGCUCAUUUUGGGCUAUGGCGGCUCUGUACAAAGAGGAUUUUUGUGCACAAUCAAGACCCCAAAGAGAAGGCCUGCGGGCCAAUCAGCCUGCCAGGAGAACACAACUGCUCCUACUUCAAGCACUUCACUCCAGGACAGAGCUCAGAGAUAUUUGAAGUAACCACGCAGAAAGAGUACAGCAUUUCAGCUGCAGCCAUUGCCAUCUUCAGCGUUGGCUUUGCGAUCAUCGGCACAAUCUGCGUCCUCCUAUCCUUCAGGAAGAAGAGGGACUAUCUGCUGAAGCCAGCAUCCAUGUUCUACACCUUCGCAGGUCUCUGCAUCAUCAUCUCUGUUGAAGUCAUGAGGCAAUCCGUGAAGAGGAUGAUCGACAGCGAGGAGACGCUCUGGAUCGAGUACAGUUACUCCUGGUCCUUCGCCUGCGCCUGUGCCUCCUUUGUCCUGCUUUUCAUCUGUGGCAUUGCCCUCCUCCUGAUCGCGCUGCCUCGGUUCCCCCAGAACCCCUGGGAGACCUGCAUGGAUGCGGAACCGGAGCACUGAUGCUCCCAGCACCCAUAGGAAAAUAAGGAAAGUGUUGUGAAAAGAUUUGUAUUUUUUAAUGUAUCCGGGUCCCGCUGUACAAUGUGGGCUCCAGUAAUGAGGUCAUUACUGAACCAAGGCAUGGUCAAUGUAAUUAUUGCUUUGUUUCCUUAUUCUCCCCCCCUCUUUUUUAAAGAGAGCAGAAAAAGGAGUUAGCACACGGUGAGCGGGGGGUGAAUGGCAUUGCUCUGUGACCAGCUGGGGAUCCCCGUCCUAAUGCAGUUGGGAGAAAAUCUCUGUGUGAGACAUAGAGAAGACAGCUUUCUUAGGGAGAUGAUGUUUGGUGCAGAUCCAUGAGGAAUACUGGGCUUAGACACCUCACUUAGAAAUAGACAGUGGGAAAUUGCAGCUCCGCGGGGUGUCCGUUUCCCUGCUCAUGCUGUACUCCUCUUCCUCCCUAAGAAGACUGAGCUCACCACUGCGGAAUAACUUGGGCAUCCUUAUGCUGUUCUAUUAAACUGUUAAAAUAUGGGAUUAAAAAAAACCCAAACCAAACCAAAAACGUUGCCUUGCAUUGGGAUAAAAUUUUCUCCUACCAACUUACA